GCUAUUUAUUUUUUUGGACCCGCCUUUAUACGGCCUGGGUAGUUUCAUAAACCCGCCUUUGUACGGCUUGGGUAAUUUCAUGAGCCCGCCUUUAUACGGCUUGGGCAAUUAAAAAAAAAAUUUCGCGCCUUUAUACGGCUUGCGAACUUCAGCGCUUGGAAGAAAGGAGAUUCAUUCAGCCAUGUUGGCAUCAUUUCUGCCCGUCCUUUGGCUCUUCGUCUUGACCGCGAAGAGGCUGAUUGGUGGCCGCAAGAGCCUGCAUAAGAAACCGCACACGCUCUUCUUCGGACAAGGUGGAUAUGGCAGCCAGGAGAUCAGCCACGGGAUCCUGUGCUUGCUCAGGCUGGGGUGCGGGUGCAGCUUCAAUCUGGCCCGCAUUCGCUUCUGCGGAGAGAGGUUGGUUCUGACCGCCAGGGAGUUGGCCUUGGUGGCCUCCUCUUGCGAGAAGACCACCACGACCUCGUCCCCUCUGGGCAGAACCGCGCCCACAUCCACGUCCGCGUCCGCGGUUCAUCUGUUCAUAAAAUUGGCGCCCCAUCGCCCGCAGGCCGUUGUAGAAGUCGCACUGCCACCAUCCGUGGCCGCGUCUCUUGCAAUAAGUGCAGAGGUUUCUGUUUCGUUUAGCCUUCUUAGGGCCGCCGCGUCCACCGCGACCACGAUCACCACCACGACGACCAUCAUCGCCACCACCUGGGGCAGCAGCGACAGGAUUCGCAAUAGCGCGAACGGACUCCAUCUGUGUAGAGUUAAUAUGUCUUUGUGAAUGUGUAGUGGUGACUUAUCUUUUUCUUGCUGGUUUGCAGAAAGUGUGUGAUGUGAGGAGGUUGGUGAAGGGAAAGAGGAGAGAAGAGAAGAGAAAAAAGAGAAAGAGACUAGUGAUUAAGACACUAAAAGAGUAGGGAAACAAAGGGAAGAAGAGGAAGUUUCCGGACAGCAUUCACUUCUUCACUUGCUCACUUGCUCACUUGCUUCAUUCACCUCGAUGGCUGUAACAGGGCUAGUAUCUUCUAUUUAGUCUCGACUAUGGUCCUGGAAGACGAGUAGAUUUACAAUUUAUACUGAGAGAUAACUUUAGAUGAGGAUUUAGCAGACAGCAGACUACGCGCUG